AACGCUUGUUUCUGGUCGCUAUAGGUAACAGAAGUAAUUGUGUCUGAUAAUGAGGAUGAAGACUUUCCUAGUGUGUCUUUUUGUGGUAGCGACAUGUUUGCUAGUGGAGGCAGAUGGGUUUCUCGUUUCACCGAAUCAGGAUGGUCCACCCUCAACUUAUCCUGAACACUGGUUCCAUCAGAAACUUGACCACUUCAACGUGGUUGAUACUCGCUACUGGAAGCAGCGGUAUUAUAUCAACGACAAGUUUUACAGAGCAGGCGGACCUGUGUUCCUGUUUAUAGGCCCACAAACCGAACUGACUCCUGCUGUAUUCACUGGGAAUGGAGCUUGGUUAGAGUAUGCCAAGACCUACCACGCCAUCGGCUUUGCUGUAGAGCAGCGGUUUUAUGGAAGUAGUCAUCCAACACCAAACUUGAGUGUUGAUAAUCUACAAUACCUGAGCGUUGAACAAUCGUUGGUGGAUCUUGCAACCUUCAUCGUCGCGACAAACAAGGAACGCAAUUUCACAAACGCGAAGUGGAUCUCAUUUGGUGGAUCAUAUUCAGGUAUGAUGUCAACGUGGUUGCGGUACAAGUUCCCCCAUCUUGUUACUGGAGCUGUUGCAGACAGUCCCCCUCUCGCUGCUCCGGUGUUUGCAAAAGAGUAUAGUAUUGCUAUCGGAGAGGAUCUCCGCACAGAGUCAGGAUGCUAUGAGGCUACAUCUGCUAUUUUUGAUGACAUAAGGGCUAGUCUGAAGACUGAGGCUGGUGUCAGGAAACUGCAGUCGCUCUUCAGGUUGUGUGACUUCGAUGCUUCAAACAAACUGGACGUAGAAAAUAUGAUGAUGUACCUGCGUGAUCUGAUUGGCUGGUCAGCAAUGUUCAACACGGACGCUAACGUCAUGAGUCCAGUGCCAAUACGAUACGUGUCUUCAGUGUGUAAAGUGCUCACUGACAAAACUAUAGGGACGCCGCUAGAACGAUUGGCACGCUUUGGUGAGGUCAUUUAUCACAAUUAUACAGCCAUGAACGGUCAAUGUCGAAACAUGACAUUUGAGGCGAGAUUGAACUUGGGCAGAGAUGUGAAAUACGGCAACAGCAAUGUAUUGUCAGCACGUCAGUGGAUGUAUCAAAAGUGCACUCACAUGGGUUUGUUCACCCCUUCGUCUGGAAGCAAUCAGCCCUUCGGAGAAGCUGUGAGUGAAGAGUAUUUUCUCAAAAUCUGUGAAGGCUACUUCGGCCCAUCAUUCAACAGAUCUUUGAUCAUGAAAGGACAUGACGAAUUAAUUACAAACUAUGGCGGACUUGAUAUUAAGGUUACCAACAUCAUCCACACCCAAGGAUCCUUUGAUCCGUGGACCAAGUAUGGAUUUACCCAAGACCCGCACCCAGAAGCCUAUGUAAUAUUAAUCAAUGGAGGUGGCCACACCCCGGACAUGGCAGUUCCUUCCUCCGUGGAAAGUGCUGACGUCACAUUGGCCAGGGCAAAGAUCCAACGACUGAUCGGCCAGUGGAUAGCGUCUGGACCCACAGUCAGCAUAGUGGGAUGAAGCGGACAUCUUUGCACUGAUUUGCUCAUUACUUUCGACGUAUUAUUCAUGCUCAUUACUUACAUUUGUUACUGAAUUAAUUUCUGUCCAAUCGUCAACAUGGAAGACUCUUUGUUUAUGUUAUAUGACCAUCCUAACACACACACACACACACACACACACACACACACACACACACACACACACACACACACAC